CUUUAGUAAUGUAGAUCCUGCUAACAAAUAUUUCUAUUUAGUGGCUAGACAAUGUACCACGAAUGCGCACGAAAAGUAGAACGCAGAAGCCUCCAAUUCCCUUUCACGAACAGCGACACGCUCCUACAAUACGCUUCCACGUCUCGACAGCUUUGGCGCACGUCACUUCCUACAGCUGUGUCAGAGAUGCCAACUAACUACACAUCUGCACUUCAGAGUCAUUGGAUCAGCCACAAUAAACAAGGAAGCAUCAAUUGACGUUAACCGUAGUUACUACCACAAGCGGUAAAUGUAACAAAUUGCAGUGUCAAGUGAAUACUGCAUUACGGAUGGUGAUAUCUUUAACAAUGAAGAGGUAUGGAAACUCGGAUCGAAGUUCGACGAAAGCAGUUCUAAGAAAUCGAACUGGAAGCACGUCCAUUUUUUAUUUUUUUUAAAGUUUCGUUUGAACCUAAAGGCAACAAUAGUUGCGAAGAAUCCACAACCAUGCCCGUUUCCCGAGAACGUGAAUGUGGACCGAGUGGACAGAAAGUGGUGGACAUUACCAAAUCUAGGAAGGAGAAAGUAUAGCUGCCAAGUGACGAAGGACAUGGCAGCUGGCAGUGGUGCAGGAGCAGCCAGUGUGGGCAUUGCGGGCAGUGCCGUGGUGGGUGCUUCGAGCAACAUCCUCAGAGGAGCUGCGGCGAUCGCCUCGUGUGUGGCGGGCCCCACCUCCAGGAUAAGUCCAGAGAACUUCAAGCUGUGGGCAGAGCACCUGCUGCGUGCGCGGGGCGACAACGGCAUCUGUCGCGACCCCGUCAACUCCCACUACCUGGAAGGCGACGCAGUCGCCAUGGGGUACUUCGGUCAGACGCCGAUGUAUGAACGUUUUGCCGGGCCGUGGCGCUCGUCUCCACUGCAGAUGCACGAUGUCGACUGGGACCCUCCUCCGGAGUAUCGCAUCAAUUCCACAAUUAGGGAUAAACUGGCUCCUGUCGAUUUACGCCUGUAUGGGGACGACGUGCUGUUUUAUACAUUUUAUGCAUUUGUCUCCGAAGCACUGCAAAUACUGGCUGCUAAUGAGCUUUACCUGAGAGGCUGGCGGUUCCACAUACAGCGACGAGUGUGGCUGCGGCAGACUUCCCGCAGCUGGGCGAUAUUCGAGCCGUGGUCGUGGCAAGUGGUGGAGCGCGACCUGGACGUGGACGUGUCACUGCUGGAGGGGCGGCCCUUCCCGCCCAAGUCGUACUGCGCCCGCAGUUCGGCCUCCGAAGGCGAGCGGGAGGUGCCGGGGCGCGUCCGGACAGGCGUUCCCCGCACGCUGUUCCCGCAGCACUGCCACAGACAGGGGGCGCAGGCUGCCCGCCACCACCACUGCCACCGGACGCAGUUCGAGCGGCGGCAGAGCGAGUGCUCGGAGGACGGGCACCGGGAGGCGCACCCCGAGCUCGAACACUUCCACGAGCGGCCGCAGCCGCAGCACCGGCACGAGUCGCAGCAGGAUCUGCGGCAGCGUCGGCAGCUCGAGUUGCAGCAGCAGCAGCAGCAGCGCUGGCAGCACGAAGUGCAGCAGCAGAGGCAGCUGGAACAGCAGCAGCACCACCACCACCCUCAGGGCCAGAGCCGACAGCUGUGCAACCACCACAGCUACCAGCAGCAGCAGCAGAAUCUCCACUUCCACCAGACGCUUCAGCUGCAGCUGCAGCAGCACCAACACAACCAGAACCAGCAGCAGGCAGUGCUUCCGAGUGACUACCACCACGCCCAGGCUGUGCACCGCCAGCUGCACGUGCAGUAUCACCAGUUCGGCGGCAACGUAGUAGUGGGCCUGCCGCCGGUACACCAUGCUGUCGCCGUGGCGGACGCCGCGGCAGACGGUCGGACGUCUGUCGUGGCGGCGGCAGCAGCGGCGGUACCUCCCGACUGCCGGGUCACGAUAUGAGUGCUCGGCUGCAAUUCUGCACACUUCUGUCUGCCGGUGGCUGAUUAAAUAAUUGCCGCAUUUCUGACCGUACGCUUGAGCUGUGGAAGAUUCUCAGCUGUUAUAGUGCCUCGUGGAUAGGUAACGAAUGUUUUUGUUCGGAUGGCCACCUUCUGUGGUGGGGUAUAUAUCUCAGUUAUUAUUCAUUUUUUCUGUCUUAAGUGAUCUGCAAUUUAAUAAUGUUCUGCAAUGUACGUGUUUGCUUUUAUUUACAGAGCGUCAUUAACGGUGGUUAUGUAAAUAUACUGUAAGUCGGACAUUCACAUUUUGCCAUUUAUAGACUAAAAAUAGUUUUUCCUUGUGAGAUGGUGUAUAGUAUACUUACAGUGUUUGUUACUCCUCUCAACUCAUUCCAAAGUCUACUGUUUUUUCCCGUGCCAUCAGCAGAGGCUGAAGGGGGGGUGAAAGAAAGGGGGGAGGGAGACCUUGGUUUGACUUUCAUCCACCCCAAUUUUUCAGCUUUUAGGAACUCACUUUUUUCUUUUGAUGUAUUUGCAUUUUGUGCACUUUGUAAAACUUUCUACUACUGAUCUUUACACU